CAAAGUGAAACUCCUGAAAGUUGCUCAAAGCGUGGAAGGCCUGGCCCAGGGAGGGGAAUUUGGCGGUUUUCCCCUACAGCUCUCUGCCUUCUGAGUCCCGGGCCAGCUGGGCUGCAGCCAGCGGCUUCCUCCUAGGGGAACAAGCGGGGGCAGUUCCCCAGACUGGACAGUGCGGGGGCUCCGAUCCUGGCGCUCGGGCCGGGUGGCUGGAAGCUCCCGGUGAGGCUGGAGGAGUUCGGGAGACUGGAGCGCUCCUCUCCUGCCUCCUACCCGGUGUCUCGCGGCCCCCUCCUCGCCUGUGAGUAGAGCUCCGCAUGGCUCUGAGCAAAGGACUGCGGCUGCUGCGGAGGCUGGAGUCCCCAGGGGACAGCAGCAUCCUGCUGGAGGCCCGCAGCCGCCAGGACUGUCUCCUCUUCGAGGCCGGCACCGUGGCCACGCUCACUCCAGAAGAAAAGGAGGUAAUUAAAGGACAGUAUGGGAAACUCAUAGAUGCUUACGGCUGCCUGGGCGAGCUCAGGUUAAUAUCUGGUGGCAAACAACUGAGCUUCUUGGUCUUGGUGACAGGCUGUACAUCGGUGGGAAGAAUUCUUGAUGCUGAGAUCUAUAAAAUCACUGCAAUAGAUUUCUGUCCACUCCAGGAAGAUGGCAAGGAAGAAGACCGUCUCACUGCACUGAAAAAAAUUCUUAACUCUGGGAUGUUCUAUUUCUCCUGGCCAAAUGCCGGCUCCAACUUCGACCUGACUGUCCGAGCCCAAAAGCAGGGUGAUGACAAUUAUGAGUUGGGAAAUUCCUUCUUCUGGAACCAGCUGUUGCACGUUCCCUUGAAGCACUACCAAGUGAACUGCUCUGACUGGCUGCUGAAGGUGAUCUGUGGAGUGGUGGCCAUCCGCACCGUCUAUGCCUCCCAUAAACAGGCCAAAGCUUGCCUCAUCUCCCGGAUCAGCUGUGAGCGAGCUGGUGCCCGGUUUCACAUCAGGGGGGUGAAUGAUGAUGGACACGUGUCUAACUUCGUCGAGACAGAGCAGACGAUUUACAUGGAUGAUGGCGUGUCGUCUUUUGUCCAGAUCAGAGGCUCAGUUCCACUGUUUUGGGAGCAGCCAGGGCUUCAGGUUGGGUCUCAUCAUCUGAAACUUAACCGAGGUCUAGAAGCAAAUGCCCCUGCUUUUGACAGGCAUAUGAUGCUUCUGAAAGAGCAGUAUGGAAAGCAAGUGAUCGUUAACCUGUUGGGAAGCAGAGGAGGAGAGGAGGUGCUCAACAGAGCCUUCAAGAAGUUGCUUUGGGCCUCUUUCCAUGUUGGAGACACACCUAUGAUAAAUUUUGACUUCCAUCAGUUUGCCAAAGGAGGGAAGAUAGAAAAAUUGGAGAAUCUGUUGAGGCCCCAACUAAAGUUGCACUGGGAUGAAUUUGAUGUUUUCGCCAAGGGCGAGAAUGUGAGUCCACGUUUCCAGAAAGGUACCUUGCGAAUGAACUGUCUGGACUGCUUGGAUCGGACGAACACUGUACAGUGCUUUAUCGCCCUUGAGGUUCUUCACUUACAACUGGAGAGCCUGGGACUGAAUUCAAAGCCAGUCACUGAACGCUUUGUGGAGUCAUACAAAGCCAUGUGGUCUCUUAACGGUCACAACCUGAGCAAAGUCUUUACAGGCAGCCGGGCACUGGAAGGAAAGGCCAAGGUCGGGAAACUCAAGGAUGGGGCCCGGUCUGUAUCUAGAACCAUCCAGUCCAAUUUCUUUGAUGGAGUGAAGCAAGAAGCCAUCAAAUUGCUGCUGGUUGGUGAUGUCUACAAGGACGAGUAUGCUGACAAAGGGAGGAUGCUUAUGGACAGCACAGCCCUCUUAGUGACUCCAAGGAUCUUAAAAGCCAUGUCAGAGCGUCAGUUAGAAUUCACCAAUUUCAAACGGAUUCGGAUUGCCAUGGGAACCUGGAAUGUAAAUGGAGGAAAACAAUUCAGAAGCAACCUUCUCGGCACUGGAGAAUUAACUGACUGGCUGCUGGAUUCUCCCAAGCUUUCAGGGGCGACUGAAUUUCAAGAUGACAGCAGCCCAGCUGACAUAUUUGCAGUGGGAUUUGAAGAGAUGGUGGAAUUGAGUGCAGGAAAUAUUGUCAAUGCUAGCACUACCAAUAGAAAAAUGUGGGGAGAGCAGCUUCAGAAGGCUAUCUCAAGGUCUCAUAGGUACAUUCUGUUGACUUCUGCCCAGCUCGUAGGCGUCUGCCUUUAUAUCUUUGUACGCCCUUACCAUGUUCCAUUUAUCAGGGAUGUAGCAAUUGACACGGUGAAGACCGGCAUGGGAGGAAAAGCUGGGAACAAAGGCGCUGUUGGCAUCCGAUUUCAGUUCCACAGCACUAGCUUCUGUUUUAUUUGUAGUCAUUUGACUGCUGGACAGUCACAGGUGAAAGAGAGGAAUGAAGACUAUAAGGAGAUUACACAGAAGCUCAGUUUCCCCAUGGGAAGAAGUGUCUUUUCUCAUGACUAUGUAUUCUGGUGUGGGGAUUUCAAUUACCGAAUUGAUCUUACUUAUGAAGAAGUCUUCUAUUUUGUUAAGCGACAAGACUGGAAGAAACUUCUAGAAUUUGAUCAACUACAACUACAGAAAUCCAGUGGAAAAAUUUUUAAGGAUUUCCAUGAAGGUACCAUUAAUUUUGGACCCACAUACAAAUAUGAUGUUGGCUCAGAAGCUUAUGAUACGAGUGAUAAGUGUCGAACCCCAGCCUGGACUGACAGGGUACUAUGGUGGAGGAAGAAACAUCCUCUUGACAAAACAGCGGGAGAGCUCAACCUUCUAGACAACGAUUUAAACAUUGACACCAAAAUCAAGCACACCUGGUCUCCUGGCGCUCUUAUGUACUAUGGUCGAGCAGAACUUCAGGCUUCUGAUCACAGGCCUGUGUUGGCAGUUGUAGAAGUAGAGGUCCAGGAAGUGGACGUAGAUGCCCGGGAGAGAGUCUUCCAGGAAGUGUCAUCUUUCCAAGGACCCUUAGAUGCUACAGUGGUGGUAAACCUACAGUCACCAACCCUGGAAGAACAAAAUGAGUUCCCUGAGGAUUUGCGGGCUGAGCUUAUGCAGACCUUAGGGAAUUAUGGGACCAUAAUUCUUGUCAGGAUCAAUCAAGGGCAAAUGUUGGUGACUUUUGCAGACAGUCGGUCAGCCCUUAAUGUCUUGGAUGUAGAUGGUAUGAAGGUUAAAGGCAGGGCAGUGAAGAUCAGACCAAAAACAAAAGAUUGGCUAAAAGGUCUUCAAGAAGAAAUCGUACGGAAACGGGAUAGCAUCAUAUCCAUGUCCCCCACUGUCAACUCCUGUCUGUUAGAAGAAAACUUUGACUUCUCCAGUUUGGACUACGAAUCAGAAGGAGACAUUCUUGAUGAAGACGAGGACUAUUUGAUCGAUGAGCAACAUCCCUCCUUCCUCACUGACACAGAACCGUCAGCAGACGAUUAUUUGGAAGCCCCGGGCUCUUCCACGGCAGGGGCACCUCCCAGCAAGUCUCCAGCAUUGACUAAAAAGAAAUCUCGCCCCUACAAAGAUGAUGCUGACCUGGCAGAGUUAAAGCAGGAGCUGGAAGCUGUUGGGGACUUCCGCCAUCGUUCUCCAAGCAGGUCUCUGUCUGUUCCUAACAGGCCUCGGCCACCUCACCCACCACAGAGACCCCCACCUCCAACUGGUUUAAUGGUGAAAAAGUCUGCUUCUGAUGCAUCUCUUUCCUGUGGCACUCAUGGGCAAUAUUCCAUCUUACAGACAGCUAAGCUUCUUCCAGGAGCACCUCAGCAGCCACCUAAAGCCAGGACUGGGAUAAGUAAACCGUAUAAUGUCAAACAGAUCAAAACCACCAAUGCUCAGGAAGCCGAGGAAGCCAUUCGGUGCCUCAUGGAAGCAAAAGGAGGAACACAAGAAGAAACACUAAAUGCAGUUUUCUUAAGGAACCAAGUGUCUACCAAACCACAGCCCUUAUCUAAUGUAUCCAAGCCAGGGUCUUCUCAGACAACCCAGCUCCUCCCCCAUCGACCCGCACCUAGAGUUCCUGUGAUUAAGAAGCCAACUCUUCGAAGGACAGGAAAAUCUUUAUCCCCAGAAGAGCAGUUUGAGCCUAGUGUUGAAAGCACCACUCUAGUGGCGCCCCCUCGAGUUGCUCCUGUCCCCAAACCAAGAACACUGCAGCCUGGGAGAACUGUCGAGAGAAGACUGAGUGGGGAAGUGCCUGCUGACGGAGAUGCCACGGUGUCCCCACCUUUGGAAACUGCUUCCCUUGUUCCCAAGGUUCCCCCCAGGAGGAAGAAGUCGGCCCCAGCAGCUUUUCACCUGCAGGUUCUGCAGGGCAACAAUUUGCUCCUCCAGGACGUGACUUGCUGUAGCGGGAACAACAACCACCACCACAAUGACUCUCACCCUUGGGCCGGCGACCAGCCUGACUCAGGCCCACUUGCUUCACAAGCAGACCUUCUUGGCACUUUACCAGGGCCCAGCCUACAUGCCGACAGUACAAAGGCAGCAAAGACAGAGGCAGCCACCCUUCUUGGUGAGCAUCAGGACCCCUUCCUGAGCCUCCUCCACCACCCAAAGAUAUUGAACACUGGCUGGUUUACUAAGAGUGCUGAGCCUUUGGGUACAGUCACCCUGAAUCUGGAAAGGGAACCCCCCAGCCCAGCACAAGUGAGUGUUCCAGCUGCUAAGGUGGGACCUUCACCAGCCCACGGACACAAAGACUUUGGACACUGGGUUAUAUUCAAUGAUGAGGAAGACCAGAGGACAGCAUUGCAGCUGUUUGAUCCACUGGCGAAAACAUGACAAAAAGACCUUUACAAACACUCACUGCCUUGUAAAGUUGUGUGUCUUUUUCCCCCUCAACAUAUCAUUCACUGUAAAUCCCAAUAAGAAACUCCCUCUAUGUCAAAUGGGGACUUUUUCUUCUUCUGUUUAAACAGUACAUUGGAGAAAGUAUAAGUGUUUAUUUGGUCUUACAGAAUUUUCUGAAAAUAGUUUAUCUUUAAUCAGUAGGAUCAAUUGUCAUUCCUCCACCUUAGCCACUGAGAAAAUGCUUUGUUGCAGGUUUGGGCAUGUUGGGUUAUUUUUUCUCUUUGUGAACUUUCCUUUUUUCUCACUCUUGACUUCCCCACCCCCUAAAAAAAUGUCUCAUUGCAUGUUUUUUUUGUUUUUUUUUUUGGAGAGAGAAACUGCAAAUCUAAUGGGUAUUUUGCUCCAGGGUAUGAUUUCUCUCCUUGAAUAUGGACUGCAUGUUACAAGUCACAAGAUACUUGUGUGUUUUCUGUAUAAAUUAGCUGACAUAAUGGUACCAGAUUGCUCACCAGUACCUUUAAACUGGCCUUGCUUAAACCGUCAGCCUUCAGUCAACUAAUUUGUUGAAAAGCCCCAAGACCAAAGUGGUUGAAAACAUGUCAAAGGCAGUGUUGGAAGAGGUAAGCAAAAGUGAGCCAAAUGCCCAAAUAUACAUUUUGUUGAUCCUGUGUCAUAAGAUUCUUGUCCACAUGCAUAAUACUGUGGAUUUACAUUGAGCCUAUGUCUAGUGUUUUAACACUAGCUCAAAUUGACUAAAAAAAAAAAACCAAAACACUUGCACCAUGACCUAUGUGAUAUAUAGUCCUUAAACUGCUGCAGAUCCUUGGCAUGUGUUUUUAAAUUAUGUCUUUAUACUACAUACCUAGUAUACCACAUAAAACCUCACUAAUCUUUUUCUCAUAUAUUCCACAAACAGAAUAAGCACAAAAUGAAUAGCUUUGUUUAGUGAUUGUGCACAUUUGAAAGUCCACGUUAUCCUGAGCUUUCUAUCCAGAGUUUUCUAGAGGGACAGUACCACAUGCCCCAUCAUCAAACAACCUCUAAGACAAAACUUCUUUGUUCUUUUAGGUGUCUUUUUCUUUUUUUUCAUGUGUGUAUGUGUUCUAGCUUUUUUCCCCGCCAGCUCCAAAAUUACAUUGAUUUCUGGCUCUCUAAACCAUACUGAAUGUGGUAGGAGUGUUUCUGUUUUUAAACUGUUAGGCCUGAGUUGCUCUGCUUUUCGCUUGGAGCUGAUCAGAUUUUCUUCAUGUGGAAUCCAUUGGCCACUCGGGGUAAAUAGCCACGUGUACAGAGACACAAAUGAAUACCACUUGUUUACUCAGGUUCAGCCUAGAUGACUUACAGGUAAGGUUAAACCCUACUUUAGAGAUGGUAUAAGAAUAAGACACAGUUUAGAAUGAGAGCAGUUGCUAGUGACCUUGGUUCUCAAACACUAUUGAGUUUCCCAAAAUUCUUCAUUUUAAUUCACUUUAAGUUUUAAAGAAUAAACAUGGUGUUAUACCACUUUAAGGAGUUAAGGGAGGAAAACUUCAAACCAAACAAUGACAGCACGUUACAAUCCUCAAAAGUCUGAAUGUUUUAGCUCCAGGACACCCAGAGCUGGUAGGUAGUGUGUUAAGAGGAUAAAACAACACAGUAUCCUAUUUAUUUUCAAGCAGAGAAUUUUGGCCUUUUGGUUCUUUGAGAUGCCUUGAAUAUUUAAUCAUUCUUCUAUAUUACCUACAGAACCAGGAUUCAAGGGAUGGCCAAGGAUGUCCUCUUCUACCUGUAUUUUUUUUUUUUUUAGGGAUUCCCCCUUUCCUCUGCCCCCUUUCUCAAAUACUUGGUUGUAAUGAAGGUGAGUAGGACCAGGCUGUUCAUAACCAUGCCAUUUUCCUUCUUACCACAGCCAGAGUCUGAGUUUUGAGAAUGGCUCUCUUUAAUGCCCAGUAAAUUAAUACUAGCCCACCUCUCUUUUAUCUCGAGUCCGUUUUCAGAUGCAAUGGACAUGUUGGGACCCCCAGCUUAUCAAAUGAUAUCCAUGUGGAAGUUGAAAGCACUCCGAUGUGUAUCUGCUACAACCCUGUGCUGUGAAGCAGACGGGCUGCAUAUGAAUUAUCUUCAUUUGUUACUGGCUAGGAGAUUGAGGCUGGAAAGUUAAAUUAUCUCAGGACGAAUGAGGGCUUGAACCAGAAUCCAGAUCUUCUGAGUCUUGGCUCAGUGUUCUUUCCAAAAGGGGUAUAUUGCUGACCUUUCAGCUCAGCAAUCUGCUAAAAAAAAAAAAAACUGCGAAGGAAAAAGCCAA